CCAGGAGCUCUCCGCAGGCAGCCCCAGCAAACAGGCUCCUUCGCUGCAAGGGCUCAGGUAAUGGAGCCCAGCCCAUCAGAGAAAGACAGGCGGCUCUCCGAAACCUGGCACCCACCUUGUUGCUGUGGCCCUAAACCCUGCUGCUUCUGCUGGUGCUGCUGCAGCAGCUGCUCCAGGAGCCGGAUGGUGAGGAGGAGACAGAGAGAUGGGUUCCGGCGCAAAACAUCCAGUGUCUCCGAGUUGGAGAUCCCCCCGCCCCUCGAGGAAAGGCUCACGCUAGAAGAAGCAUCCUCCUGGAAGCGCUCGUUUGAUUGCGUGCUGGUGAGCCCGGCCGGCCGGAGCGUCUUCAUGGAGUUUCUGCGGACGGAGCACAGUGACGAGAACAUGGCCUUCUGGCUGGCCUGCGAGGACCUCAAGAGGGAGCAGAGCCAGGAGCAGGUCUGUGAGAAAGCCAAGAAGAUCUACCUGGAUUACAUCUCCAUCCUGUCCCCAAAGGAGGUCAGCAUUGACGCUGCCGUGCGUGAAGCUAUCAACAGCUCCCUGGCGAGGCCCAGCGCAUGCAUGUUCGACGAGGCCCAGGCACAGGUCUACGCCCUCAUGCACAGAGACUCCUACCCCAGGUUCCUGAACUCACCACUCUACAAGUCGCUAGAACAGAGACUUUCUGCUCUGACGUGUGACACCUAGCGAAGUCCUCUGCGUGCCCAUGCAUCUCAGGAGACCGUCAGCUCCUUCAGCUUCCUGCCAGCCCAAGCCACCAGGGAAGAUGGGACAACCCUGGGGAAGACAACUUUGGGGACAGAGCCUCAGUUCUCUCUACCUGUGGGUCACACCACUGGUGUUUCAGUAGUGAUGCUGAUCUAGAAAUUAUUCUAGUGUCUGGACCAACCAAGAGAUUUGGGGGAGAAUUUCACUAGGUCCCGUAAAGAUGGGAGAGCCUGGGGGUCCUAGAACUGGGAGCCUUUCAGAGCACUGCUUGUCCUAGAAUUCGGAUGGUAUCUGAGCUGGGGUGGUUCUAGAGCACGGAUGGCAUGCAUGGCUUGGACCUUAGUUCUAGAACUUGGAUGGUCACAAGCUGGAGUGGAUUCUAGAGUGUGGCUUUUUGUGUCUCAUCUAGGUGUUCUACUACAUGACUUGCACAUAUGGCUGGGUUUCUAGAACAAAGGUAAUAUUGGUUUUCUGGUGGGUUCUAGAGUGUGGAGCCUUCUAGAGCUGUGGGGGCUUUUAGGUGAGUAAACCUUCCAAACGUGAAGCACUGGUUUUUGUUUUAGGGACAAGAAAAAUUACCCAGCAAAAAUUAAUUGUAUUUCAGAAUUUCUAAGAGUUUCAAAAGUCUCCAAAGUAGACAUUCCCCCCACUUCUCUGAAAAGGCUUAGCUAGUCAUUCAGUACUGAAGCAGGUCUCAGCUGGCCAGCAAAAAGAAAUUCUAUCCAGUGAAUGCAAAAAGAAAUCCACAGGGGAUUAAUUCAAACCAAUGACUUGGCAAUGGCUUGCUGGGUGCAUCUCAGUAGAGCCCUGCAAAUCCACAGAUAUCUGCUUUAUAUCUGUGGGUAUCCACAUCUGCGGAUGUGGACGUCCCCGGCUCAUUUUUGCAGAUACAAAUGUUGUAUGUAGACCCCUGCCAGUCGGCAGAUAUCCACUUUACAUCUACAUCUGCAGAUAAUUUUUGCAGAUAUAAAUGGGUUAUGUCUACACUCGCAGCGUCUUGUGUGAGAAUUAUGCAAAUGAGGCUAAGCGUGGACUAUC